GCAGCAGGAGCAGCAGCAGCAGCAGCUCCCACUGCAGCCUCUUUUUUUAUGCGGGCUGCCCCUUUCCGCGCAGCCAGUGCAGCCUGCCCUCGGCAGCGGGCUGAUCGCCUCCCUUCAGCCACAUUUGGUAUGCAUGAGCACUGCCGUUCCCACGCAGAGGGCCGCUUUCUUAAGGAGGCUCGGCGGCUGGAGCCGCGCCGCCCGCCCAGCCCAGCCCUCUGCCCGCGCCGGGCCAGUCCUGCCCUGCGGCACGGCGGGCGCGGCGGGCGGGAUGCGCGUGGGGCGCCCGCGCCCCGGCGGGCGGUGUCGGCGGUAGGCGCUGCCAGGUCUGCGGCCGGUCGCCCCGUGGGAUUUGGCGGAGGGUCAUGAAUCAGACCGAUGCUCCCCGGCCACUCAACUGGACCAUCCGGAAGCUGUGCCAUGCCGCCUUCCUCCCCUCCGUCCGGCUUCUGAAGGCACAGAAAUCAUGGAUAGAAAGAGCAUUUUACAAGAGAGAAUGUGUUCAUAUCAUACCCAGCACCAAAGACCCCCAUAGGUGUUGCUGUGGACGUCUAAUAGGACAACAUGUUGGACUGACUCCAAGCAUCUCCAUUAUUCAGAAUGAGAAAAAUGAAAGCAGGCUCACUCGCAAUGACAUCCAGUCGGAGAAGUGGUCCAUCAGCAAGCACACGCAGCUCAGCCCGACGGACGCUUUUGGAACCAUUGAGUUCCAAGGAGGAGGCCACUCCAAUAAAGCCAUGUAUGUACGUGUGUCUUUUGACACAAAGCCUGACCUUCUUCUGCAUCUGAUGACCAAAGAGUGGCAGCUUGAGCUCCCUAAACUUCUCAUCUCUGUGCACGGGGGCCUUCAGAAUUUUGAACUUCAGCCAAAACUCAAGCAAGUCUUUGGAAAAGGCCUCAUUAAGGCUGCUAUGACAACUGGAGCGUGGAUAUUCACUGGAGGAGUAAACACAGGAGUCAUUCGGCAUGUUGGAGAUGCACUGAAAGAUCACGCCUCAAAAUCUCGAGGGAAGAUCUGCACCAUCGGUAUAGCUCCCUGGGGGAUUGUGGAAAAUCAAGAGGAUCUGAUUGGCAAAGAUGUGGUCCGACCAUACCAGACGAUGUCCAAUCCCAUGAGUAAGUUGACAGUGCUCAACAGUAUGCAUUCUCAUUUUAUUUUGGCUGACAAUGGCACUACUGGUAAAUAUGGAGCAGAGGUGAAACUUCGUAGACAGCUGGAAAAGCACAUUUCACUUCAGAAGAUAAAUACAAGAAUUGGUCAAGGGGUUCCAGUGGUGGCCCUCAUUGUGGAAGGAGGUCCCAAUGUUAUCUCCAUCGUUCUGGAGUACCUGCGAGACACUCCUCCUGUUCCUGUUGUGAUAUGCGAUGGCAGUGGCCGGGCAUCUGACAUCCUUGCCUUUGGUCACAAAUACUCUGAAGAAGGAGGACUUAUCAAUGAGUCUUUGAGGGACCAGUUGCUGGUUACCAUACAGAAGACUUUCACAUAUACCCGAACCCAGGCACAGCACCUCUUCAUUAUCCUCAUGGAGUGCAUGAAGAAGAAGGAGCUGAUCACAGUAUUUCGCAUGGGAUCAGAAGGACACCAAGAUAUUGAUUUAGCUAUCCUGACAGCAUUACUAAAAGGAGCUAACGCAUCUGCUCCCGACCAGCUGAGCCUAGCAUUAGCCUGGAACAGAGUAGACAUCGCCCGCAGUCAGAUCUUUAUUUACGGGCAACAGUGGCCGGUGGGCUCCCUUGAGCAAGCAAUGCUGGAUGCACUGGUGUUGGACAGAGUGGAUUUUGUGAAAUUACUCAUAGAAAAUGGAGUAAGCAUGCAUCGUUUUCUCACCAUCUCCCGGCUAGAGGAAUUGUACAAUACGAGACAUGGACCAUCCAACACUCUGUAUCAUCUAGUCAGGGAUGUCAAAAAGCGAGAAUAUCCAGGUUUCGGUUGGAUCUAUUUUAAGGGAAACUUACCUCCUGAUUAUCGCAUAAGUCUGAUUGAUAUUGGAUUGGUCAUAGAGUACCUGAUGGGAGGAGCAUAUCGCUGCAAUUACACCCGAAAGCGGUUCAGAACACUGUACCACAAUUUAUUUGGGCCCAAGAGGCCAAAAGCCCUGAAACUGUUGGGAAUGGAGGAUGAUGUUCCUUUGCGGCGAGGGAGGAAAACAACAAAAAAAAGAGAAGAGGAAGUUGAUAUUGAUUUGGAUGACCCUGAGAUCAAUCAUUUCCCUUUCCCGUUCCAUGAGCUGAUGGUGUGGGCUGUGCUGAUGAAGCGUCAGAAGAUGGCCCUCUUCUUUUGGCAGCAUGGGGAAGAGGCUAUGGCUAAAGCACUGGUGGCCUGUAAACUCUGCAAAGCCAUGGCCCACGAAGCAUCAGAAAAUGACAUGGUGGAUGACAUAUCCCAAGAGCUGAACCAUAAUUCCAGGGACUUCGGACAGUUGGCGGUGGAACUGUUGGACCAGUCAUACAAGCAGGAUGAGCAACUGGCAAUGAAACUGCUGACCUACGAGCUGAAGAACUGGAGCAACGCCACAUGCCUGCAGCUUGCAGUGGCAGCCAAGCACAGGGACUUCAUUGCUCAUACUUGCAGCCAAAUGCUGCUCACAGACAUGUGGAUGGGUCGUCUGCGGAUGCGUAAAAAUUCUGGCCUAAAGGUAAUUCUAGGAAUUCUACUUCCUCCUUCAAUCCUCAGCUUGGAGUUCAAGAACAAGGAUGAUAUGCCUUACAUGUCUCAGGCCAAUGAGAUCCAUCUUCAAGAGAAGGAGCCAGAGGAACCAGAGAAGCCAGUGAAAGAAAAAGAGGAGGAAGACAUGGAACUCACUGCAAACAGCAGGAGCUGCCCACAGGACCCCGUCUGCAGGCAGGCAGAAGGACCUGCUUACAGGACCCAAUAUGCAGGCAAGCCGAAGGAGCAUCCCACAAGACUCACCUACAGGACCCGUUUGCAGGCAAUGCUGGGACGAGGUAAUGGAGAGUCCUCAAGAAAGAAAGAGGAAGAGGAAGUUCAGAGCAGGCACAGACUGAUCCCUGUUGGAAGAAAGAUUUAUGAGUUCUACAAUGCUCCCAUUGUUAAAUUUUGGUUUUACACACUGGCAUAUAUAGGCUACUUGAUGCUCUUCAAUUAUAUAGUGUUAGUGAAGAUGGAUCGCUGGCCAUCUACACAGGAGUGGAUUGUCAUCUCAUACAUUUUCACUCUGGGAAUAGAGAAGAUGAGAGAGAUAUUGAUGUCAGAGCCCGGGAAACUGUUACAGAAAGUAAAAGUUUGGCUCCAGGAGUACUGGAACGUUACUGAUCUCAUAGCUAUCCUCCUGUUCUCCGUCGGGAUGGUGCUCCGUCUGCAAGAUCUGCCACUCCGGAGCGAUGGCCGAGUGAUAUACUGUGUUAACAUCAUUUACUGGUAUAUACGGUUAUUAGACAUCUUUGGAGUAAACAAGUAUUUAGGACCAUACGUUAUGAUGAUUGGGAAAAUGAUGAUAGACAUGAUGUACUUUGUCAUCAUCAUGUUGGUGGUUCUGAUGAGCUUUGGUGUCGCAAGACAGGCUAUUCUCUUUCCCAAUGAGGAGCCUUCGUGGAAGCUGGCGAAAAACAUUUUUUACAUGCCUUAUUGGAUGAUCUAUGGGGAGGUGUUUGCAGACCAGAUAGACCGUAAGCAAGUUUAUGAUUCUCAUACUACAAAGCCAGCUCCUUGUGGUCAAAAUGAAACCAGAGAAGAUGGCAAAAUAAUCCAGCUACCUCCCUGCAAGACAGGAGCAUGGAUUGUUCCUGCCAUCAUGGCCUGUUACCUCUUGGUUGCAAACAUCCUUUUGGUGAACCUCCUCAUUGCUGUUUUCAACAAUACAUUUUUUGAAGUCAAAUCCAUAUCCAACCAAGUAUGGAAGUUUCAAAGAUAUCAGCUGAUCAUGACAUUUCAUGAAAGACCUGUUCUCCCACCGCCUCUGAUCAUUUUCAGCCAUAUGACUAUGAUAUUCCAACACCUCUGCUGCAGAUGGCGGAAGCAUGAAAGCGACCCAGAUGAGAGAGACUAUGGAUUAAAACUUUUUAUAACUGAGGAUGAAUUGAAAAAAGUCCAUGAUUUUGAAGAGCAGUGCAUAGAAGAAUAUUUUAGAGAAAAGGAUGACAGAUUCAAUUCCUCCAAUGACGAAAGAAUCCGUGUCACUUCAGAAAGGGUAGAGAACAUGGCCAUGCGACUGGAAGAAGUAAAUGAGCGAGAGCACUGCAUGAAGGCCUCUCUGCAGACCGUUGACAUCAGGCUUGCUCAGCUGGAAGAUAUGAUGGGACGAAUGGUGACCGCCUUAGAAAAACUGACCGGCAUAGAGAGAGGUGAGACAACCAAGAUACGAUCCAGGACUUCAUCUGACUGUACUGAUGCAGCCUACAUUGUGAGGCAGAGUAGCUUCAAUAGUCAGGAAGGAAAUACUUACAAGCUUCAAGAGAGCAUAGAUCCCACAGGAGAGGAGUCCAUGUCCCCAACUUCUCCUACAAUCACACCCCGCAUGCGAAGCCACUCUUUCUAUGCAACAAAUAUGAAGGACAAGUGUGGGCUGGAAAAGUUUGAAAGCAUUUUUAAGGAAAGAUCUCCAAGCCUGCAUCGGGCUAUCAGUUCCCACUCGAUAGCAAAAGAAGGAAAGGUUCCUUUAGCCCCCACCAGCACGUUGUCAAUUGCCCCAGACUCCAGAAGGCCUUCAUCUUGUAUAGACAUCUACGUUUCUGCCAUGGAUGAGAUGCACUCUGACACAGAGCCUCUCGACAGCUCCAUAAAUAUUCUUGGUACCGGAGAUGCAGCUCUGCAGGCUCACAUAGCCUCUUCCAUUUUAGCUAACAGUGCAUACGUUAGCAGUACACCUGGUGAAAAAAUUUCUGGCAGGAGUCUUGAUUACGAGGAAACCUCUGGAAUAGAAACAAGAGCAUUUUCUUCAGACUAUUCACAAAUCACAGAUUGCCAAAUCCCCUGGGAUUCAGACCCUCCCUUGUAUCACACUUUAGAGCGAUCUAAAAGCAGUCGUUAUCUGGCUACAACUCCAUUUAUUCUGGAGGAAACGCCAAUUGUGAAAUCUCACAGUUUUAUGUUCUCUCCAUCUCGAAGUUACUUCAGCAGUCUUGGUGUCCCAGUCAAAACAGCAGAGUACACAAGUAUUACAGACUGCAUAGACACGAGGUGUGUGAGCGCUCCCCAGGCCAUCGCAGAGAGGGCCAGUUUCCCUGGAAGUCUUGGGGGAAAAGUGGAGGACUUGGGAUGCUGCCACCCAGAGAGAGAAGCUGAACUAAGCCACCCAAGCUCUGAUCAUGAGGAUGUUGAGUCCAAAGACAAGAAGGGGAUCCUGUUACCUCCUCAAGACGGCAAUGCUACAAGAACUCUGGCCAACAGCAUCCCACUUCCAAAAAUAGAGCGGGCCAACAGCUACUCUGCGGAGGAGUCCAACACGUUGUAUGCGCAGCACACACGGAAGAGCUACUCUAUCAGUGACAAACUUGACAGACAGCGAAACACAACAGGCCUGCGAAACCCCUUCCAGAGGAGUAAGUCUUCAAGGCCAGAGAGCAGAGGGGACAACCUGUCCAUGAGGAGACUGUCAAGAACGGGAGCCUUCCGCAGCUUUGAAAGCAAGCACAGCUAGGCCUAGACAAAGCUCACCAGCAGUCUAAGGGUCAUCUGCUCUCCAGUCCAUUUUUCUUAGCAGAAUUAAAAAAAAAAACUCACGUCACCCCUUGUCAACUCCAGUUGGCAUUAGCCACCGGUCAAGGGAGCACAUUGUCAGUCUCAGCAUGGCCCACUGAGUUACUGCAUCUUGACCCAGUUGACAUUUGCACUUAAGGAAAAAGGGAGGGAUGAAAGCUUUGCAAAGACUUCAGUAAACAACAGGAAUAACAAGCCCCCUUUAUGAAGUCACAAGAAAAAAAUGAGUAGGUUCAGAAAUCUGCCUUUUAUUAGAAGGCAUCCUAAGAUCUUUGAUCAUUAUUCAAGUUUUUAGGAUGCAGGAAUUAACUGGCAAAAAGAGAUGUACAAAUUAGAUGUUCUAAACUUCAAUCACGACUUCUUUUUCAUCUGUUUCACUGUUGUGAUGACUGAUGAAAAGCAUUUGUUAUUUCUGUAGGAACUGGCAGCAAACAAACCUAAAGUCUCCCAAAUCCCUUGCAUCCCACACUUGUGGAAAUGAAGAAAGAUGAACAAGAUAACAACCACAACGUUCACUUGUCUUUUUUUGUAUCAGCUUCUAGUGCCACAAAAAGUUUAUAUUUUCAAGAGCAGAAAGAGAAAUGAAAUGCCUUUUGUACUGCAAAACAGUAAAUGGAGGAAGAAUUUAUGUUAAAAUAUCAGGUGAUUUCCUGUAUAAAACAGGCAUUCUAGAUUCUAGCACAGCUGAGCACGCUCAGGAUGAAUGUAAUUAAAAGUGGAAUAGUAUAUAUUUAUUUUUUUACCACAUUUGUCAACAAUAUGUUGUCUCACUAAAUCAAAGGAUGUGAUGGAACAGUAAGAACAGGGUAAUGAGAGCAGAGCACAGUAAUAUUGUCAGGUUCUCACUGCUCCAUGUCAUUACGUAUACAAACUGGGGAGAUUUAUCCACCAGGCUGCUACCAGGGUCUUCUUGCUGUUCCACUUCAGCUGCCAAUUUUUCACAUCAUUCCCUCACCUAAAAAUAUACACCUUUUUUUUUUUUCCAUGAGGACAUGGCCGUAUUUGAACAUUUCAAAAUAUACAAGAUUUAUCAAGCAGUCUGAAUCCAGAUUAAUGCAAUUAAUUAGACUGAAGUUGCUUAAGGGAAAGUGUUCUUGGCAGAGGACUGGAAAACACUAAAAAGUACAUGUGCUUUCAAGGUAAGUUAACCAAAGUGAAACUGCAGGUUUCUGUAAACAGCAAAAGCCAUCGGUUGCGACUAGGCUUCCACCGUUCAGCAGCAUAUCUCACAAUGUGCAUUUUAGUAGGAGAAAGUAUAUCUGAACGGUAGUGCAGUCACAGGCUUUGGUUGAAGACAGUCAUAACUCCACUGACCCCACCCAUGUUCCAAGGGUCCACAAUGUCAACCAGAGUUUCAAACUUCUCAUGAGAAGAUAUCACAGUGGUCACAGGUAGAAGGGUAUGCAGAAGAUAGGAAAAGGGUGGAGAAGUAUAAACUGCAACUGGAUCAAAAUUUCACAUCCUUUAUGAAGGCACAACUUUAAAGCUUGUAAAGAUUUGAAGCUAGUGCUAUUAAAAAUUAAAACGUCUCUACAAUGACCAACACCUGUGUAGAACCAGCUCCUUUUUGUUAUCAAAAAUGAACACAUGCGAGUGGGGUACAUACUUCCCAUUAUUUAAAUGGGAAUUAUCUUCCAAAUCUCUAAGGCAGCUUUGAAAAUGCAGGCUGACGUUUUCUCACUGGGAUCUCACCCUGGGAGACUCUGAGCACUGUACGAGAGCUAAGUCUGAAAGGCAACAAACCCAGACAUAAAAAUUAUCAUCAGCCUCAAGAAAAGAGGCAAAGAAGGUGAAAACAUUUAGGUACUGAGUCACUACGUGGGAAAGUUCAGGAAAUAAAGAAAUGCAGCAUGGGGACUUUAAGCACAAUGUGUUUCAUACUUCCUGGACCAACGUGUUCCUUGCUUUCUUCUAUUUGAUCAGGCUUUCAAUGAGCUAAAUUCCACCAAGACACCGUGUUUAUGCAAUUGCCUUGCAGUCCAUGUGCAGCGUUACGGUCACAUGGCAACACCGAGAAAGGUCAAAAACCUUUCUGUGCAUUAUGAAGCAUGCUUGUGACAGGCUGAUUGUUGAACAAUAGCAAAACGCCCAGGGGCAAAGGAACUGGUGUUUAACAAUCUGCUUCAAAUGUGCCAACUUUUGUUAGCAGCCUUUUCCUAAGGCUUCUCCAAAUCUAUCUAUCCUUGGUGAGUAGAGGGGGAUAUUCUCACUUUGUUUUCUUUGCUACUUUUAAGAAUGUCUGCUAAAACUGUUCGUGGACUCUUCCACCUUCACCAUAUUACUGGCCUGCUCUAGAGGAACUUCAGAUUCAUUAGAAAUUCCUCAACAGCGCUUAGUGAAUUAAGGCAUAGGGCUGUCCUCUGGGGUAGAUUUCAUUGCUUAGUUUGUCAGGGUAAAGGAAUUUGCCAAACCCAGAAGCUGUAUAAAUGUUUAGAAUACAGCACUUUAUUGAUCUGGAGCACACAUUCCAGGUAAAAUGAAACAGGACACUUUAUUUACCUCUUAAAAUUUGCCAUUAUAUAUAAAAUGUAAAUUCAGAUGUUAAAAGUGUGAUUGCAAGAUGUCAGAACACUACUUUUCCUGAAUGUUUCCCAUUUAUUCUACAAUGUGGUGUCUAUAGAAUAUAUUAUGAUGGAUGUUAGAUUAUUUUAUCUUCACUUGUUUUUUACACAUUGCAUCAAACUGCUCCGUUUUGAAUUUGAUGGUAAAACACCCAUUCCUUGCAAUGGGACCAGAUUUCCCACUCCUGAUAUUAUGACCAUUUAGUGAGAGUAGAAGUUUUAUCAUCCAUCAUCAUGUAGCUAUAGCAUGUGCCAUAUGACAUAUUCUGUAUCAAAGGAUAGCUUAUGAAAUAUAUAUACACACAUAUAUACAUAUCUCCCAUAUAUAAACCAGUAUAGUUGUGACAUGUGGUAAUAUUAGUGAACGUUACAGGACAGUUUUAAUAUCACAUUAUAAGGUCUUGUUUGUAAAUCUGUAACAUUCAAUAAAAUAGCACAUGUUGCAUCAAGCAUUAAGUUCCACUAUCCAAUUAUUAGCUUACAUAUGGAAUAUGCAUUUCUGGUCACAGUGUGUAAGUAUGGUAUGUUUCACACAUUUCUCUGUAUAGCUCCACAUAAAUGUCUGUAUGAGCUGAUGUAUAAACCUCUAAUGAGCCACUGUGGGCUGUGACAGGUGAGUUGUGAUAGUGUGAAAGAUGAACUGGCAUGUUAUGCAAAAGAUUAUAAGAUAAAUGAACUUUAAUAAUAUUUUGAAACUCAACUGAACUUAGCUGUUUGUUUACAUAUGCUGGCCGACUGAGGAAGCGGUGUACAGUAUUUUAUAAAUAUUUUCCUAUAGUAAUCUGUUCUGUUGUUUCCAGUUUAAGUGACGCUAUUCUACAGUUGGGGUAUACACUUGUCCUAGGUAUUGGAUUAUAGCACAUUAUUGUUUCACAAUAACAGUGUGAUAUGACUGAAGUAGUUUCUCUUCCUUACAGUCCAGUCUUUUUUUGUGUCAGUGAAAAUGCAUGCAUUGUUCCAUGAGUUUCUUUGGACUACUAUGAAAUGUAACAUUUUGCUAUUGCCUGCCUGUAAAGAUGAAUCCAGUUAGGAAUGAAUUCAAGCUUUUGGAUGUUUACAUUAUUUCCAUUAUGUUUGAUCUUUAGCAAAGUAAGUGAUUUUUUUAUUAUUUUUAAAUGACAAUUGUAUUUUAUGAAAUUGAAAUAUUCAACACAAAAUGCAAACCUACAGCAGUGCUCAGACAUUUGGCUCUCUCUUUUUUUGGAAGAGAUAAGGUGCUACAUUAUUGUUCUUAGCACAAGUGCCAGUUAACAAAUGGCAGUGAGGGGAUAAUUUGAAAAUACAAUGAAAAACCAAAACAUCCAUUCAUCCACAUAAGGAAAUCCCUCUGGGUUCCAGAUAUAGAUUGCUUUUUUUCAUUUUCCAUUUAUAGAUUUUUUGGUAAAAAAACUGAUUUGUACCUUUUGUGGAAUGGAUAGCCUUUUGUCAGGGGAUAAAUAUCUUAGUUAGGUAUAUUUUUUGUAUGAGAAGAUAAUGAUUUGUUUCUUAGAAACUGUCAGUGCAUGGAAAAUGCAGCUACACAAAUAACUGCUAAAAAAAAGUGCUGGUAGCAGCACACAGCCUUAGUCCAAUGACUGCAGUCAGAGCAAACAAGCAUCUGUCCUGAGAGCAGAAGUUAUCAAAGGUAUUAGCUUAGAGUGAGCCAGUGAAACAAAAUUCUCUGUAAACUCAUGGUGCAAAUUUUCAAAACAAGCAUAAAUGUCUUGUUAUGUUGCUCAGGUUAUAUACAUAAGAGGAUCUGAUCAUCACCAGAAGGGAAAAUGUGAGCUGGUCAUUCCUGGAUUUCCCUAGGAAUACUUAAGUAGUUGUGAUGUCUCUCCCCUACUUAAAAAUAAUAGUAUAUUUGCAUUUUUGCACAAAUAUGCACCAUUGUUUCAACAGAGGCCACAUUCUCAGUUCUGUUAAAAGAUAGCAGGUAUACAUCAUCUUCUUCAAAAGAAAGGGGUAAGCUUCCUAGCAUCAAUUUUCCUUCAUGCACCUCAAACAACAGCACAGUCCAAACCGGGCAGAAGUGAAGCGUUGGGGGUGUCUGCUUACCUAAUGAAACCCCUCAUUCCUCUAGAUGGUAUUCACUGGCCUUGCCACACAUUGGCAUAAAAGCAGUAGUGUUGAAUGUGGAAGGAGUGAGUUUCUGCCCCACAGUGAGUUAUCCUGCUUCAUAGCCAGUCACAGGGUGAACACUACAGGUCACACAGGCUUCUCUUCUCCGAGACUGACUACGAUUAUGGUCUUACUGAUGCUGGUGCAAAUCUGCAGAAAAUCCACUGAUUUUAGUGGAGUACUCUGACUUUUGUCAGAGGAUGGAUUUAUUCUGCAUUUCUAACUGUGUAUUACUUUGAGUCAUGGCACACAUUAUCCUAAAUCAUCAUCAAGUGGGAAGUCUAAUGACUGAGCCAUUGAGCCAGACUGGUUGUGAAACAGCCUCUGACCUUUUAAUUUUUGCUGUAUGCUUUCAGAUCUCUUGUAGAGCCACACAGUACUUAUUUCAAAAAGCUAUUAGGAAGAAAUGUUUGAUUAUGAAAUUGCUGCUGUUUCUGCUGCAGGGAAGUGAUAACUCUUGUUUAUUUUAGUAUUUGGUAGGGAGGGGGAAGGGACAGAAGUGGGAAUUGGCUGUGAAAUACAAUUUUAUGCCUGCACAAGAGUAAAUUGCAUUAAAGUUAUAUCCUUCUUCCACCACUGCAGUUGUUGUACAUGAGGAGAGUCUAUAUGCUGCUACUGCUGUCUGGAACAGUGUUUGCAAUAUACUAUACUAAUAGCUAUUUAGUCAUUUAUUAUUUGGGCUAUCAUUUGUAAGUGUAUAACAAUCAUUUAUAAAGGGAGAAAAAUGAUUAAAAUGUCAUUUUAAACAAAUUCCUACUAAUAUGAAGCUUUUCAAGUAUGAUUUGUCUAAAUGUAUAUCACUAGGGAAAACGGUCCUUUCUAAAGGUCUACUGGAUUCACAAUGCACUUUUAGACUGUGUUUAGAUACGUAAUAAAAAGCAGAAGUUGGCAAUUACUACAGUAGAACUUUCUGAAAUUUCUGUAACAAUUGUUUUGCAAUAAAAAAAGAGAUGUAGUUCAAAA